AUGUCACAGCCUAUCUCGACUGAGACUCUAACGCUGACACCUCAGUUCUGCUUCAACGAGACGGCUCUUCAAGAUUUCCUUCGGCUGUCUCGGUCCACGAUUGAUGACUCUAUAACGCAGAAUUUGAAUGCACUGGUUACGCCGUCCAGAAACAAUUGGGAUCCGUCCUCCACAGCUGCGCGACAGACGGGCUCCCCAUCGCGGAAAACAAUUGACCCCUCCGCAUGUCAAGGGUUCCGAGACAACGUGCUCUUUCCCUCGUGGCAGACUCGUUCAGACGUCCUGAACUAUUGUGCGGGUGUGGCGACCAGUCCCGAUCCAGAUGAUCCGGAUUUGAUCUUGCGCGACACAGAAUCAGCCCGGGACCGGGAGCGAGUGGUGGAUGAGCGAUUAGAUCCAUACUCAGCGCGCUUCUUCCCCCGAGAGGCCCGGACUGAGUCACUCGCCAAUCUGAUUCGUAACCAAAGAACCGUAGAAGAGAUCAUUCGGAGUCGGACCUGGGGCCUGGUGACAGAAAGAUGUGCCGAUGCUCCAUCCUCAUGGGAGGAUGCGCUGAACACAUGGCGAAAGACGCACUCACGGUGA